UUCCCCGCAAAGACGCUCAGUGUAAAUCUAGAGAUUCACCUCACCCAAAAAGCUUCUCUUCGAACAAUUUUGACCCACCAAGUCUAGAGAUAGCAGCAUGGCGCCAGCAAAGAAAGGCGGGAAGACAAAAAGCGGGGAAAGUGGGGAAAGUCAGGGAAGCUCCCAGGGAAGGCCAAAGGAUUCUAUCAGGACUAGGAGCUUCAAGGCUGGUUUACAGUUCCCCGUCGGUCGUGUACAUCGAAUGCUCAGAGCCAGUUGUGCCCACAAACAGAGGAUUGGAGGGAAGUCCGCUGUUUACACCACUGCCGUUCUUGAAUAUCUCACUGCUGAAGUUCUGGAAUUGGCCGGCAAUGCCGCGAAAGACCUGAGUAUGAAACGUAUCAACCCGCGCCAUCUUCAGCUUGCAAUCCGUGGUGAUGAAGAACUCGACAUUCUCGUUCGCGCAACCAUCGCUGGUGGUGGUGUUCUGCCCUUCAUCCAUAGGAGCUUGAUGACACAGGCACAACUCAAGAGGCUGGACGCUAUGAAGGCUUCUCCCAUUCCAUGAACGCAUUGCGAUACCUGGUCUCUUGCUUGCUUUUGUGCCUUUAUUCCCCAGCAUACCACCUUCUCUUCAAAACUUGUACUUCUCGGGCCUAUUGAAUCCCAGGCCAUCCCAAUCAAGCUGAACCGUAUACGCGGACAUUACCAACGGUGGUAUUCUUGUGCAUUAGUACGUGUAUCUCGAUGUUUUACAGUAGCUGUAAUAUUUUUUUUGGACA